CGCAGCUAUUUAGAUCAAAGAUCCCCUCGUGAAUUUUUUUUCGAGAAAAUCAGAUAUUUUGGAAAUUUAAUUAAUUACACAGGAUGUGGUUCGAGAUCAUACCACCUUGCGCGAUUAUUUGCGUCGCUUUAUACUUACCUGGAUUUGCCACUUAUCAUUUAAACAAAGCAAUAUGUGGAAAUGCUUAUCGUAGAAACACCGACGAGAGAUUUGAUCGAGUAAUGUAUAUGCGAGACUACAGAAUCAACAAGAACGUUUAUCAAGGACAGGGUCUCGAGGGUAUUCCUGAUAAAUAAACUAUUAAAUUACUAUGAUUUGUAAAUUCAAGUUUAGAAUUUGGUGUUUAAAUAAAUCCAUGUAACAAUUUAAUUAAAUUAAC